GGCUGUCUUCCUGAUGUGGUUGCAGGCAUCUUCAACACGUGGCGGCAUACGUGCACGGAGGUGGGCGGCGGUGGACGUCUUUUUUUGUCUACGAGGGACGUGAUGGACGGCUGCGAUGGCGAUGGACCUGCUGUGCUGUCGACGACGGAGAAGACAGCAGUCACGGCGGCUGCGGUUGCUGUUGUCCGUCGUUUUCAAAUCGAGAGUGCGGCCGGGGGGAUGAAGGCAGUGCUUUCGAGGCGGCGGCAGAGGCUACUGCUGCAAAGGGUGUUGGACGCCCCGGACUGCAUCACCACAUCCCAAGCCGUGGUUCAACUGUGUGCUGCUAUCGGGAGCGGUUUGCUUCCUCGGGCGACGCCACGUUGGUGGAUGCGGCGGAGAGCUGGCGGGACUUGGGAGGAUUUACGGGUUUGCGAUGACGCGACACAGGACUACUUCCGGGAAAAGCUCCGCAUGUCGAGGAGAAUGUUCAUGGAGAUCAGCGAAGCAUGUGCGCCUCAUGUGCAGCGGCAGGUGACGUUUUACAGGGAGCCACUGCAGCCGGAGCAGAUCGUCGCAUACGCGUUGUAUAGGUGGGCCACAGGAGAGUCUUACGAUAACAACACAUCAUCCUUCGGCAUGGGCAGGACUUCUGGAGUUCGAGCCGUGCGCGAUGUGACAGCCGCCAUUUUGAGGGUGUACGGGGAGAAGAUAUCGUGGCCGACGGGGGUGCGGAAACAAGUCGUCCUACGGGCUUUUCUGGACAAGGGCUUUCCAAAUUGCCAUGGCGCAGUUGACUGCACACACAUCUAUGUGGACAAACCGGCGAACGCGCCUAGCGAGAACUACUUCGACCGCAAGCACCGUUUUUCCGUCAUUGCGCAGGUUGUGGUUGACCUGGAUCUGCGCGUCCUUGAUGUGUUCGUGGGAUAUCCGGGUAGCUGCCACGACAUUAGGGUGAUCCAGCUGUCAAGUCUGUCGAGGCGCGCGGAAGAGGGAUUGCUGUUUCGUGGGCCGCGUGUGACGCUGCCGGGAGGGGUGACGACGAACGGAUACAUCUUGGGCGACAACGGGUAUCCUCCUUCUGAGUGGGUGGUGGUGCCGUACGGAGGAAUCAAUCAGCACCCGGACGAGGAAAGGUUCGACACGAAACAGAAGGUCGCAAGAGGGGCCAUGGAGAGGGCGUUCGGGAGGUUGAAAGGGAUGUGGAGGCUCUUCCUGCGGAUGCACAAGACGAACCUCGAGAGUCUGCCGCAGCAGUUCACGGCGGUAUGCAUUCUCCACAACAUCCUGCUCGAUGCAGGAAUCGAGUUCGACGAAAAUUUGUUGUGGGAGGUAGACGCGAACGGGGUGAGGCGGCGAGUGGACCUGGGGAUUCAUCGCCCCCCGCAACCGGUGUCCAUGUUGACUUCGACGCGCGAGGCUCAUGCGCUCCGCAAUGCACUGGCGCAGCGGAUGAAACACGUUUGAUCCACCCAGCCGCCUACCUGUUCGUCCCAUUGAAGU